AUGUCUGUUUCCGAUGAUGCUAUUCUUGAAUUCAUGUUUAAUCCUGAAAGUCAAGGUUUACCACUUGAUAUUAUCACCAAUACUGUAAACACAUCACCAAAAUAUAGUAUAUCUCCAGAAGUAGAAGAGAAACUAAAAGCAAUGGAAAAGGAGGCCGUAGAGUUGAUAGAAGCAAAUCAAGAGAAUAUGAACAAGUCGUUAAAGAUUUUAAAUGAAUGUAUCAAAAUGGAUAAUAAAUAUGCUUCAGCGUACAAUAAUAGAGCACAAAUUUAUAGAUUAAAAAAUGAACUUGAUAAAGCCUUGGAGGAUUUAAAUCUCGUUAUCGAUGAUUUAGGAGAAGGUCAACCCAAGAUUUUAAGACAGGCUUAUACUCAACGUGCAAUCAUGAAACGUCAACAAGGAGAUAUGAUAGGCUCUAGAAAGGAUUUUGAAAUGGGAGCUAAAUUGGGUAACCCUAUUGCCCGUAAUAUUACAGUCAAUGAUAAUCCUUACGCAAAAAUGUGUAAUCAAGUUAUGUUGGAAGUAAUGAGUCGUGAAAGAACAAAAGGUGUUAAUAAAGAUAAUAAUGAUAAAGAAUAA